UCGUGUCGUCUGCAAUUCAUCUGUCAGUUUCGCGUCGCUCCAAUUUUUUCAAGGAAAUAAAUUUAAGAAUUUUUCUUUUUCGAGACCGCAUCAUCGAGCAGGAAGCACGCAUGUGUGCGUACGAAAGUCAAAGAAAGGCACGAUUCGCGAUUCUGUCGUUUUCCCUUGGGAACCUCUUACAUUGAGUACAUUGAUGUCUGUCUACGAUCGAAUUUAGGUUAGGAGGAUGAGGAGCUUCGUCAAUAUUUUCAAGAUGCUCAUCGCGUUCCUUUACGAUUACGCGCGCGGACUGUCUUACACGGUGACGACGAUACUCGUGCUGUGCUAUUGUCUCCAUCCGGCACGUUUCGCUUCCCACUACACCUUCAUCAAGACCGAGAACAUCUACGACGAGAUGGAACGGUCGUAUCCGCCGAGGGACAACUCCUGCACGAUCUCCGUCAACGGUAGACGCUCCUCUCAAUUGUUCUAUCCCGAGGAACAUCCCCGGGAGGACCCGGUGGCGAUGGCUCGACGACUCGGUAUCUUACCGGGUGGCCAGUGGAAGCCCCUCAACUGUCACCCGCUCUUCAACGUUGCCAUCAUACUGCCGUAUCGCAACCGGCAGAGUCAGCUGGCCGUCUUCAUGAAUUACAUUCACCCUUUCUUGCAAGCGCAGAACUUGGACUAUCGGAUAUUCGUCAUCGAGCAGAGUCCGAUGCGCGAGUUCAACCGCGCCAAGCUCUUCAACGUCGGUUACGCCGAGGCUACCAAAGUCAAUGACUUUCACUGUUUCAUUUUCCAAGACGUGGACCUGAUACCGCAGAACCCCGACAAUAUCUACGCGUGCACCAAGAUGCCCAGACACAUGAGUUCCAGUGUAAAUACCUUUCGAUAUAAUCUGCCUUAUACGGGCCUAUUUGGGGGCGCGAUAGCGUUAACAAGAAAACAAUUCGAGAGAGUGAACGGAUUCUCCAAUGUUUUCUACGGUUGGGGUGGAGAGGACGAUGACUUUUACAGUCGCUUACAGUCCAGGGGUUUUCAGAUCACGCGCUUUGGACCUGACGUGGCACAGUAUUAUAUGCUGACACAUAAGAAGGAAUCUCCAAGCACCGCAAGAUUCGCCAAUUUGGAGAAUAGUGCACGCAGGUAUGAUACAGAUGGACUCAGCAAUUUGGAAUACAGAGUAUUGAAUCAUCAAUUGCGGCCACUGUAUUCAUGGAUUUUAGCCGAUGUAUAAUUUUUAUAUGUAAGUUUUUUUAUCCAUACGUGUAUCGCACAUAUCUUUUGUAAAGUGGCUAUGAUACAUUACAAUAGCAUAUUCUUAUUUUCUGGCGGUGUCAAAAAAUUUUACCUUAUCUAAUAUAGACUAGACAAAUAUAAUUGCUAACAUGCUGUGAUAGAGCAUAUUAUGGUUAAAUCGCAAUAUUAUUAUUGAUUAAAAUACCACCAUACUUUUGUGUGAUAGAAUUUGGAAAGUGCUAAGUCUGCAAAAAAAUAUUUUUUACAAUCACAAUAAUGAAUUUCCAAUAGCAUUAUAAUAUUGUAAUUAAUUAGUAGUUUGUAAUUAGUUGACACUUUGUACAAGAAAGAUAAUAAUCUAGUUAUAUAAUUGAUAAGGAUUAAAGACUGUAAUCAUAAAUAAUCAUUUCUUUUACAAGAUUCAUCAAAAUGACAAGCAAUAUCGCUUAAGAAUACAAGAUAUACUUUCAUUUUAGAUCACUAUUUAAUCUCAUAUUUUUAUCAUAUUCAUAUACAUAAAAAAUUGCAGCUGUUUAAAGACACAAAACUCUACUUCAUAAUAGAAGUACAAGUUAUAAUUUUUGAUUUAAAGAUAUACAUUACUUACCUACAUGCUCAAAGAGAUUCUGGUCUUUAUAUACCUCUUAUGUUAUUUUAGCAGUUUUAAUAU